AUGCCGCGCAACAAAAACUCGCCCUACCGUUCACAUCCUGAAGAAGAGGAGGAGGAGGAUGAGCGAUCGCCUGAUAACGAGCGCUCCGCCGCGCCAAACAAUGAAAAGAAGGUCAAGGCGGACGACGGCAACGGUGCCUCGAGCCAGGGCGGCAGCCACCGGGAGGGCAGCAGCGCAGGCAAUGGAAACAGCAACGGCGAUGAUGACUCGAACGGCGACAAGCCGUCACCGUCCUCGUCGCUCGUCUCGCGCAACACAGUGCCGGCUGUAUACCCUCAGGUACUUGCGCUGCCAAUUACACGUCGCCCCUUGUUCCCCGGCUUCUACAAGGCUGUGGUGAUCAAGAACCAACAGGUGUGUGCUGCGAUCAAAGAAGCAAUGAAGCGCGGCCAGCCGUACGUCGGCGCCUUUUUACUCAAGGACGAAGAAGAGGACUCAGACGUCAUUACGAGCCUCGACCGUGUGCACCGCGUUGGUGUCUUUGCCCAGAUCACGAGCAUCUUCCCUGCGCAGACCGGUACAAAAGACGGCAAGGAUGAAGAGGAGGGUAUUACGGCUGUGUUGUAUCCCCACCGCCGCAUUCGCAUUGAUGAGCUGAUUACGCCGCUGCCGCAGGCACGCUCCUCGAUCGAGCACGAGCAGGACGUCGUGGAUGCUGUGGGCAUCUCUGACGGAAAUGCAAAGGCGACGCCGCGCACGAAUGUUGAAUCGGCUGAUGGCAGCAAGGCGCCUGCCGACCAAAAGGUCGAGGACAAGCUUGACAACGAAGUGCGCCCCGACGGCAAACACGACGUGACCUCGAAGAAGACGGCAGGAAAGACGCAGACGCCCUCAUCGAUCGAGCACGAGCAGGAUGUCGUGGAUUCCGUGGGUGUGCCUGACAGCAAUGCGGAGGCGACGCCGCGCACGAAUGUUGAACCGGAGGGUGGCAAAGCGCCGACUGACGAGCAAGUCCAGGACAAGCUUGACAACGAAGUGCGUCCUGACGGCAAACACGACGUGACCUCGAAGAAGACGGCAGGAAAGACGCAGACGCCCUCGUCGAUCGAGCACGAGCAGGAUAUUGUGGAUUCCGUGGGCGUCAAUGACAACAAUACAGAGGCGACGCCGCGCACGAAUGUUGAGUCGGCCGAUGGCAGCAAGGCGCCGGCCGACCACGAGGUCCAGGACAAGCUUGACAACGAAGUGCGCCCCGACGGCGAACACGACGUGACCCCGAAGAAGACGGCAGGAAAGACGCAGGCGCCCUCGUCGAUCGAGCACGAGCAGGAGCUUGUGGAUUCCGUGGGUGUGCCUGACAGCAAUGCGGAGGCGACGCCGCGCACGAAUGUUGAACCGGAGGAUGGCAAAGCGCCGACCGACGAGCAAGUCCAUGACAAGCUCGAGAAUGAGGUGCGCCCCGACGGCAAGCACGACGUGACCUCCAAGGCGACCGCAGAAAAGACGUACGGCGCCUCGGGCGACGUGCACAUCGACGAUGCCGACGUCGAAAAGGGCCCCGACAUGCCGUCGCAUUCGUCGCCGUUCCAGACCUCGUUCUUGCACAACUACGAAGUUUCGCUCGUGAAUGUCUCGAACUUGACCAUGGAGCCGUAUGACCGCAAGCCGAACCAGUACAUCCGUGCGGUGAUGUCGGAGCUGAUUUCCGUUUUCAAAGACAUUGCCAACCUCAACCCCCUGUUCCGCGACCAGAUUGCCAACUUUAGCAUUUCGCAGGGCGCGGGCAACGUCUUUGAGGAGCCCGAGAAGCUCGCCGACUUUGCCGCCGCCGUGUCGAGCAGCGAGGUCGACGAGCUGCAAGGCGUGCUGCAGUCGAUGAACGUCGAGGAUCGUCUGCAGAAAGCGCUGCUUGUCCUGAAAAAAGAGCUGAUGAACGCACAGCUCCAGAGCAAGAUCAGCAAGGAUGUCGAGAACAAGAUCCAAAAGCGCCAGCGCGAGUACUACCUCAUGGAGCAGCUUAAAGGUAUCAAGAAGGAGCUGGGCCUUGAGAGUGACGGCAAGGACAAGAUGGUCGAGAAGUUCAAGGAAAAGGCCAACGAGUUGCGUAUGCCCGAGAGCGUGCGCAAGGUCUUUGACGAAGAGCUAAGCAAGCUCCAGACGCUCGAGCCGGCUGCGAGCGAGUUUAACGUGACGCGCGGCUACCUCGAGUGGCUCACUAACAUCCCGUGGGGCGUCCACUCGCCGGAGAACUAUGCGAUCAAGCACGCUACGAGUGUGCUUGACGAGGACCACUAUGGCCUGAACGACGUCAAGGACCGUAUCCUCGAGUUUUUGGCGAUCGGCAAGCUGCGUGGCACGGUCCAAGGCAAGAUUAUCUGUCUCGUGGGCCCGCCGGGUGUGGGCAAGACGUCCAUCGGCAAGUCGAUUGCGCGCGCUCUCGAGCGCCAGUUCUUCCGCUUCAGUGUCGGUGGUCUGAGCGACGUGGCCGAGAUCAAGGGACACCGCCGCACCUAUGUCGGUGCCAUGCCCGGCAAGGCCAUUCAGGCGCUGAAGAAGGUUGGCACCGAGAACCCCCUGAUCCUCAUUGACGAGGUCGACAAGGUCGGCCGUGGCUACAACGGCGACCCUAGCUCGGCGCUGCUCGAGAUGCUCGACCCCGAACAGAACGCGUCGUUCAUGGACCACUACCUCGACGUGCCGGUGGACCUUUCGCGCGUGCUGUUUGUGUGCACGGCCAACACCCUCGACACGAUCCCCCAGCCGUUGCUGGACCGUAUGGAGGUGAUUGAAGUGUCGUCGUACACUGCCGAGGAGAAGCGCCACAUUGCGCGCGACUACCUUGCCCCCCAGGCGAAGGAGACGUCGGGUCUCUCGCAGACGGAUAUCCAGCUGCCGGACGACUCGAUCGACUUCCUGAUCAAGCGCUACGCCCGCGAGAGCGGCGUGCGUGGUCUGCGCAAGCUCCUCGAGAAGGUCUACCGCAAGGUCGCAUUCGAGAUCGUCAAGGAGCACGGCGAGGAAGUCUUCCCCGAGCCGAGUGAGGACGCGGUACCGAACGAGGCGCCCGCCGCCGGCGACGAGGCGCCCAAGGUCACGACGCAGCCGCGGCGCCCGAUGGAGGUGCCUGCCUCGGUCUCGGUCGUGAUCACGCCCGAGCGUCUGCAAAAGUACCUCGGCCCUCCUCUAUACCAGCAAGACCGGCUAUACACGAACACGAUGCCGGCCGGUGUUGCGCUCGGUCUCGGGUACCUCGGCAACGGCUCCGGCAGCCUGAUGCCGAUCGAGACGACGCUGAUGCCCGGUAAGGGCCGCCUGCAGCUCACCGGUAAGCUCGGUGACGUGAUCAAGGAGAGCGCUUCGAUCGCACUCUCUUGGAUCAAGACGCACGCGCACGAUCUCGGUAUCACCAAGGAGGCGCAAGAGACGCUCCUUGAGAACCGCGAUGUGCACCUGCACAUGCCCGAAGGCGCCGUCGGCAAGGAAGGCCCCUCGGCCGGUGUCGCGUUUGCGACGAGUCUGAUCAGCCUGCUGACCGACCGCGCCCUCCCCACGACGCUCGCCAUGACGGGUGAGGUGUCGCUGCGCGGAAUGGUGCUCGCCGUCGGUGGCUUGAAAGAAAAGCUCCUCGCGGCGCACCGCGCUGGCGUCGAGACGGUGAUCCUUCCUGCACCGAACCGCCCGAGCGUCGAGGCGGACGUGCCCAAGUCUGUGCUUGACGACUUGGACGUGCACUACGUGACAAACAUCUGGUCCGCGCUCGAGAUCAUCUUUGGCGAGGGCCCCUGGAGCGCACAGGCCAAGACCUGGAGCCAGAACGAACCGCCGCAGGACUCAUAG